AUAAUGAUUGCAGUAUGUUGGUUCAACAAUUAGCCAAAACACUUAGUAAUAGUAUGAGGGAAUUUAUCAAGAAAUCAUUGUGAACAAAUUAUAAUAAUAUAUAUUCUAUUCUUCAAUCGAUAUGUUUGAGUUGAAAAUAUUGCGUCACCUCUCAGAACCACCAUUCAUCCAACUACGUCAACAUACCGAUGAAUCGGAUAGAAGUACAAGCAAUUCAUUAUCACGUGAUCUUACGUUUAACACUGAUCAAAAAGCUCAAAUACUCACUAUGCCAAUCAGUUUAUAUCGUAGAAAAUACCUUCAAAAAGUGAAUCAAUGGGUAAAAGAUACUACUAUCAUUGACAAUACUGCUGAUAAGAAUACUAGUUAUUUCAAUAAUACACAAGAAACAAGUCAAUCAACAAAUCAUAUUGAUCAUCCACAACAAUUAGAUCCCGAAACUACUAACAAUUUCAUCAGUAGUUCUAAUUAUAACAAUUAUUCAAAUUAUUAUUUACUUAAAAGUAAUCAUCAACUUGAAAUGAUACAAUCGAUGAGUAAUUCAACACAUUUCUUCUUCACAUUGGCUAGUCAAAUACAACCUGGUAGUUAUGAUAAAAAUGGUUAUCGUAAACCAUUAUGGACACAUAGAGAACAAAGUAAUGGGCAAAGAAAAGAAAAAUUAAAACAAACACGAGAAUUUAAUAGAAAACAACAAACAAAAGGUAAACCGACAUAUAUGUAUGUACUACUUAGAUGGCAUACAAUAUAAAUUCCAAUUCACCGAGGAAAAGGUUACCUUACAGUAUUCGAUCUCUAGACCUUAAUCAACAGCUAUGAGGUUUGAUCAUUUAUGACGAUCGAAUUCUAGAAACAAGGUUUGUAUUGAAUGCAGACUAUAUUGAAAGAUGCAACGUAGCGGUGCAGUUCAUCUGAUAAUGGAAUAGCUAAGUAUAAUCACUAG